CCCCCAAAAAAUUAUAUCUGCAAUCGCUGCAAAGUACCUGGACAUUUUAUCAAAGACUGUCCUGAGCGUGCGAAUGAAGAGUCUGCUGUACCACCAGAAAACUACGUUUGUCGAAUCUGUAAUAUUCCUGGUCACUUUUUGAACAAGUGCCCUCAAAAAGAUACACACGAUAAGAAGAGCAAUGGGCGACAUGUUAUAGUCCCUGAUAGCCUUGAUGCUUGCUGGUUCUGUCUUGCAAACCCAAAGCUGGCAAAGCAUCUGAUCGCAUCUAUUGGCACACAAGUGUAUGCUACCCUUGCUAAAGGACCACUUGUGAUGCCCGGAAUGCCUGAAGCCACAGUUCCUGGUGGCGGUCAUAUUCUAUUGAUCCCUAUCACUCAUUACCCCACUCUCAAUAAAAUUCCCGGCGAAUCCCGAACUGAGGUUAUUGAUGAAAUGGAGAAAUACAAAAUGGCCCUGAAAUCCAUGUAUGACAAGUACAACCAGGACAUGGUAGUGAUUGAGAUGUCUCGGGAAUCCAUUUCAGGUCUAUCCCAUGCUCACGUCCAAGUUGUGGCUGUACCCAAAAAUAAGAGUGAAAAUCUAGAGAAUCUCAUCAAAAAUGAAUUUGAACUUCGGAACAUGGCAUUUGUUGACCAGAAUGAUCCAGAGGUAUCUUACUUUAAGAUCGAUAUUCCCAACGGGAAAUCGUUCGUCUACAUUAUUCCAACAAGACUUAAGUUUAAUAUGCAAUUUGGAAGACUAUUGCUGGCAAAAGCCCUUGGCCACCCUGAACGUGAAGAUUGGAAGGCAUGCUCUCAAACAAUUGACGAAGAAAGAAAUGCAACUGAAGAUUUCAAAAAAGCUUUUAAGUCGUUUGAUUUUACUAUAUAA